UGUGUAUUUUGCUCAGCAAGCUCUCUGCUGUAACGUUACCUCCAUGUUGAGUAACAUUAGCCUACAACCCAAGUAUGGUAAAUAAGGCUAAAAUGCAAAUGUUGUUGUGGUUAUGUUAUGGAUAAGUGCUUGCCCAGAGCAUAUAGUGAAGUGACUGGCAUUACUUCUCAUUGUUGGGAACAAACAGACUACUAGGGAACAUUUUAUGUUGUUGUUCCCUCAGGAGUUGUGGUGAUUUAUGAGUGUGGAGUUAGCACGUUCUCCCUGUGUUCCGGUGAUUAUUUUGAGGCGUACUCUCGUCCCAUCCCACCAGCAACAUAUGCAUGUAACAUACAGUCACUGGCCACUUUGUUAGGUACACCUGUGUAAUCUAAUGCAAUCCAGUAGAACAGCUAUACCAUGAUUUUGCCCCCCAAAAUUUAUACAUUUUCAGUUAUUGUUGACAUUGUCUAGAAAGUGAAAUCACUCCGCCCAGCAAGUGCUGUAUGUCUGCUCCACCGAUCUCAGAACAGCAGGCACUGAUAAUUAAAGGUAAUGUAUCUACCCAUAUGACUAUAGGGAUUACGGCAAUAGGCGAAUUUGCCAAAAUGUCGAACUAUCCCUUUAAGUCAACCGCUGUACCCGACCUCUUUAUGGGGGGCAGCGACCACGGAGAGGAGGAGUCCCGGGAGAAGGAGGUCCCAACUGAGCUAAUCUCGCUAAAGCUAACGUUGGUUACAUUGAGUGCACAGCUAAAUUGUGUCUGUUUGCACCCAUGCCAUCUGUGUUUAUAGCAGCGUCACCCCAAAAUCUAAAAUACAUAGUUUCCGUCUAGCUUGUUUUGGUGUGAGCUGCUGAGUGUAGGAGCUAUCCGCUGUAAAGAUGUCUGCCUUCUCUCAAAUACAAUGCAACUAGCUGUAACUCGGCUUGUGGUGCUAAAAGGACCAGAAAAGUACAUUUGGAAAAACUCAAUAGCAGUGUCUGUCUCCAAAAAACAUGACUCGGUUACUCAAGACAAUCCGCAGACCUUGUUGUGAGCAGUUUCAUGUCGGAACUAUUUUCUUUCUACCGAACUACUCCUGCCAACCGUAUCACCGCGCAGGAGGAAGCGUGCAUCUGGGCUCGUAAUAGUGCAGGAUGUAAACAUUAAUGGCGUCCUCCUCGCUUCAGCUGCAACGGCAGCCAGUUAGCUCAGUGGUGCUAGCAGCAUCAAACUAUUAGUUAGAAUAUUAAUUGUUAGUUUGGUAGCGGAUGGACAAGCAAGUAUGGGUCGACAAUGUGCAUUUCCCAACUGCAGAAAUCGACAAAAAACUUGGUCUGCGGUUAGUUUUCACAAGCUACCGUUAAAUGAACCGAGCCGUUACAAGCUAUGGCUCCGUGCUCUAGAUAUAGACCCAAACACUCCGAAGAAUAUCCUCCGGCGUCGCUGUAUAUAUGUGUGCAGCGACCAUUUUUCGCCCGAUGACUUGGUCCACUAUAAAAGCAGUACCCACCCGAAGCCCACUGCCAUCCCUGUCAACAGUCAUACCGCGGACCCGACCGCUGGUGGAAGCGCUAACAUGACCACAUCACCGCUGCAUGACACCGGGGCAGCAGACAUUCAAGAAAACACACCAGAGGCGACAGGCUCUGCAACCAGGGAGAAACCAGCUCUGCAGCACAUUGUUGAUGAGGAGGCCAUCCUGCAGCUGAUAAAGGACUGCCCAAUGUGCGACAGAAGGUGCCGCUGUACCAAAUUCACUCGUGGCCCUUACUUCAUAGUCUACCAGAGCUGUUACUUUUGCAAUUAUCAACGCAAGUGGGCCAGCCAGCCAGAAGCUAGAGAUCUAAACAUUCAUAAGGCACAAGUAACACCCAAGAGGAAACAGCAGCCAAAGGACAAGGCGUCUGGAAAUGCCAAAGCUGCAUCAUCAAAGCUUGUAAAGACACGCGCUUCCUCAGUCUCAGAGUCUCAGGACCCAAUAAAGACCAAAGGAGUCCCGUGUCAACUCUGUCUUGAACAUGACUGACUUACAUGAGUCUGAAAUUGGGCAUGAUCACAGUUUCAGAUGUGCCUUAUGGAGGAUCAUUGUCAUGCAGUUGUAGAUGCUUAAUGAUGAUGACAUACAAUUCUGUAAAGUUGUCUGUGGAUAUGAAGCUUCAGUCCAAAGUAAUGAUGUUUAUAUUGCUAAUAAGGGACACAUUUAGAGCACAGUAGUAGUAAGCUUGCUAGUAGGAAGAAAUACUACACCAGAAAUAUGCUAAGAUGCCAUUGUGUUGUGGAAAAAGAACAUUUGAAUACUAAUCAUAAUUAUAUUAUCUAGAAAUACAAAAGAAAGGUCCAUGUGGAAAAUAUAAAAGACUUAACCUACUUGAUGGAGCUUUUCUAGGGGCCUCCUGCCAUCUCCGUCCUGGUGUGGUUUGUGUGGUACGUUGUGACCUAUGUUGGGCCUUCGUUCCAGCUGGGGACAGUCUAGGAGCGUCAGAAACAUCCCUCAGUAUUGCUUCUCUGUACUGGCGCUCCUGCACACACAGACACACCAAACUGUUAGUAAAGUUUUUUUUGUUACAGUCAAUGUCCAUUUAAUAGUUGUCUGUAAAGCAGUAGUCGUCUCCCCUUUGCCAUUUUAUACAACGUUUAUGCCAGUUUUUGGAGGUAAAUUGGUGUUUACAGAUUAAAAGUUAAAUUGAAAGAAAAAAGAUCUUCAGUUUCCACUGGAACAUAUCAACAAAUGAGGUUCACUUUAUAUUACUGCAGUUAAAGUUGAUUCAGGAAAUGUUAUUUUUGUUGGAAUGCAUCCUAAAGUCUUUACCAUGUUAUGACGUACCGCAUUUUCUAUAAAUACAUUAAAACCUUGCAUUCUGUCUAACAAAUGUGCUUUCAUUGACUGUAUUAGUGCAUCAUAGACUGCACAAGCAGAUAUAAUAAGAAUGUGUUUCACUUGUUUUAUGUGGAGGAGGUGUUUUAUAAUAGAGUGAUGUAACUCAUUGUGAAGUUUACUGUUUGAUAAUCAUGAAUUUCUUAAUUUCUGCCUGUAUAACAACUUAUUUAGAGUAAAAUCUGAUCAAUUGGUCAGUGUGUUCUUUCUCUUAAAGUGUUAGUCACUAAUUUAAGGGAAGUAAAUAAAACAACCAUGGGCAAGCACAGAGCCAGUAGAGGCAAACAGCACAACUGAACUGUUCUUUUAAGCAGCAGCUGCAGUACAGAAAUGUAACCAACAAAAUAAU